AUGCUGCGCGAUGGCAGGCUCGGCGUGAAUGCCCCGACGCUGUAUCCCAACCAAGAGGAGCUUUGCAUCCAGGGCAUCCGCUUCCGCACUUUCGACCUCGGUGGUCACGAGACAGCACGCAGGAUCUGGAAGGACUACCUCGCGGCCGUCGACGGGAUAAUCUUCCUGGUCGAUGCUGCAGACAGAACUCGUUUCGCUGAGGCUUCCGAAGAGAUUGGACGCCUGCUCGAGGAUCCGGCGCUGGCCCGGGUUCCCUUUGCAGUGCUAGGCAACAAGAUCGACAUUCCUGUCGCAGCUUCCGAAGACGAGUUGCGCCAUGCCUUGGGGCUCUACACGCACAUGACGUCAG